AUGCCGUGGCCGAUGAGCCAGAGCCCCAAGAGCCCCAGCAGGGCGCUCCGGAAGCAGCAGGCGCGGAGGAAGCUGCUGGAGCAGCUGGUGGGAGAGGCUCCUGCAAUGGCUGAUCCCGCCCCCGCUCCCCCUCCCACACCUCGCCCUGGGGUGGUGGCCGUGCCCGCCGCUGAGGACGCCGGAGCACCAGUGCCCAAGCGCAAGGGGCCGGCCGCCCGGUUCGAAGAACAAGCCCAAGCUGCCGCCGAAGACGGCGGUCAGCCGCAGCCGGCGAGCGAGGUUCCUGCUGAGCCGCACCCCGUCCACCUGACGCCCUCGCAGAUGCGCAUGGUGCGCCAGAUCAGCCGGCAGAACCGCUUCGAGCAGCUGGCCAUGGCGAACAGCAUGGACCGCCGCAACGAGCCCCAGAUGCUCAGGAGCUUCUGGAAGAAGUACCCCAGCUACAACCUGAACCCGCUGCUCCACAAGCGCUACAACGAGCUUUUGGAGGCCCGGAGCUUCAACAAGUGGUUUGAGGAGCGCGGGACGCGCAAGGAAGGCGAGGAGUACACCGACGCGGUGGGCCGGCUCACAGAGGCCGUGAACCGCAGGGUGCCCCAGCUGCGGUACACCCCGGCGGAGCGGGCGGGGGUGCGGCGAAUGGCAAGAGACGUCGCGGCAGGCAGGAACACGGCGGACAGCGGCGUUUACGGCGGCAUGCUGUAA